GGACUCAUUCCAUUUGAAGACGGUUGUCUUGCUCUGUUAUCUCUUUCACACCAAAAGAUGACGCGCCGACACGUGGGGUCACGGCGCGAGAUUGGUGUGGAUCUGAUUCCAUCAAGUGUUUGCGCGCGACGCUAAGUGUCAAGUUAAUUUCCGACCAAGGCGGGUGGUGGACGUAUGUCAGACAUAUGCGCGCCGUGGGCGGGUGCGAGUGAGCGCGAGAAACACACGCAGCGUGUGCACAGCCGCGCAGAAAGACAGGUGAUGCUCGAGACGUGAGUUGCGCCCGGCCGCCUCAGCUCUCCAAAGCUGUCAGCUUUGGCUGGGAGUGGCGCGGCGCACUGCUGCCCUCCGAGAACCACCUGUAUGGAUGAGCAGACCUCCAGCGGGAUCCAGGCGUCUCCUCCUCCUCCUGUUGCCCGGACUGAAGACGCAGGUUAUGGCGAGGUGGAGAAGAGCACCAUGACGGUGGAAAACAUGCUGGAGGAGUCCUCCGUGCUGGUUGCGCCUCACCUGUCGGUGGAUCGAUUGGAGCGCAGCCGCCAGGGAUGCUGCGAGAGGGUGGUCAUCAACAUUUCGGGCUUGCGCUUUGAAACGCAACUGAAAACUUUUAACCAGUUCCCAGACACGCUACUGGGGGACCCCAGGAAAAGGAUGCGCUACUUUGACCCACUUCGGAACGAGUAUUUCUUCGACAGGAACAGACCGAGCUUUGACGCCAUCCUGUAUUAUUACCAGUCAGGAGGGCGCAUCCGGAGACCCGUCAACGUACCAAUUGAUAUUUUCUCAGAGGAAAUCAGGUUUUAUCAGCUCGGGGAGGAGGCCAUGGAAAAAUUUCGGGAGGACGAGGGCUUUAUAAAGGAAGAAGAGCGCGUGCUGCCCAAAAAUGAUUUCCAAAAGCAGGCUUGGCUCCUGUUUGAGUAUCCGGAGAGCUCGGGACCAGCCAGGGGAAUAGCUAUAGUGUCAGUUCUGGUUAUUUUAAUUUCCAUUGUUAUUUUCUGCAUGGAGACUUUGCCGGAAUUUCGAGACGAAAAGGACACCACCACGGUGACACCCACUGUCAACGGCACGGCUUCUUACGCGCCAAGCCCGUUCACAGAUCCCUUCUUUGUGAUAGAAACGCUCUGUAUUAUUUGGUUCUCCUUUGAGUUGCUGGUCCGAUUCUUUGCCUGCCCCAGCAAAACUACUUUCUCCAAAAACAUCAUGAAUAUUAUUGACAUCGUGGCCAUAAUUCCUUACUUUAUCACACUGGGGACAGAGUUGGCCGAGAGGCAAACCAACAGCGGCCAACAGGCGAUGUCUCUGGCCAUCCUGAGGGUGAUCAGACUCGUCAGGGUGUUUCGUAUUUUCAAGCUCUCGCGACACUCCAAAGGACUUCAGAUUUUGGGGCAGACCCUCAAAGCCAGCAUGAGGGAGCUGGGUUUGCUUAUAUUCUUCCUGUUCAUUGGAGUCAUCCUCUUCUCCAGCGCAGUUUACUUCGCAGAAGCGGACGACCCAGCAUCCAGCUUCACCAGCAUCCCGGAUGCGUUUUGGUGGGCAGUCGUCACCAUGACUACGGUGGGAUACGGGGACAUGCAUCCCGUGACUAUUGGGGGCAAAAUAGUGGGGUCCCUGUGCGCAAUAGCGGGCGUGCUGACCAUUGCCUUACCGGUACCAGUGAUUGUGUCCAACUUCAACUACUUUUAUCACCGGGAGACGGACGGAGAGGAGCAUCAACAGUACUUGAACUCGGCGAGCUGCGAGCACCUCCCCUCUGAGGAGCUGAGGAGGUCCUGCAGCUCCUCAUCUCUCACCAAGUCAGACUACAUGAUGAUAGAGGAAGGCAUCAACUUCAAACGGCCCAACUUUACCACCGAAAACAAUCAGAACUGCGUGAACAUCAAAAAAAUCUUCACCGACGUGUAAAUGAGCCUCAUGAAAUGUUAAAGCAUGAAGAAACAGUAGGCUUGUAGCUACAGUGUUUUUCUAUGUAGCCAGUCGUGAUGUGUCAGUCCAUAUCUGUGCUGAUGUCCGUUUGAACAAUGCAGUCCAGCUUAGCUGGAGAGAUUAUUAAUAUUAGACAUGGAAAAAUGAUUAUUGCAAAAGUGCAUUGUUGAAACAGACAUUCUCCAGUGAACCGCGUCAUGCAAAAGCCUACAUAUCUUGAUGUCUUAUUGCACAAUUUUGUUGGUGUUCAGGACACGUGAAAAACAAAAAAAGAUAUGUGUCGUGGGAAACAAAAUCAGUUUUGUUGUCAAUUAAAAUGUAAUCCCUAAACUAAUUGAUAUAACCGAAUGUCUGUUUAGGUUAAUAUCAUAAUCUGUAAUCCUGUUCCGCUCCCGUGAUACAACGCA